AUGAUGCUCAAGCCCUGUGGUCUGUCCUGCCUGCGCAGGCUGUGGGUGCUGGAGGUCCGUGCCGCAUCCAUGGGAGGCGCAAACCUGGUGUUGCACCAGACUGUGGAGCGCAUCCACGUGGGCAAGAAGUAUGGGGACAUCCCUCGAGGCAUCUUUGUUGUGAGAGGGGAGAACGUUGUUCUGCUGGGGGAAAUCGUAAGUGAAAAGGAAGGCGAACCCCCUCGGCAGCAGGUCUCCAUCGAGGAGAUCCUGGAGGAGCAGCGCGUGGAGCAGCAGGCCAAGCAGGAGUCGGAGAAGCUGAAGGUGCAGGCGCUGAAGGAGCGGGGCCUCUGCGUCCCACGGGCAGACACCCUGGAUGAGUACUGA